AAAAGUUACCGGUAGUUUCAAGAUCCUAUUCCACUUUUCUUUCGCAGUAUAGAUUGUUUUUCUUCGACAGAGCUCGAAUGGAAAUUGACUCCACUUUUUUUUUUACCGGAAGCAUUACACAGUAUACCUGGAGGAUUAAUUGUACGGUAAUCAGUCAAUUCACCGAGGAAGUCAAAACGAACCGCACAUCAGGUUAUUUAUGCAGAAGACAUCUGUGUUAGAACGAAGUUGUAGUAGUAAACAUCGUUUUGUUCGUCGCACACUAUUUGAUCUGUUACUUGAAACCAAACUGCUGUUUUCACCUCGCAGGUGUAAAUUGUAAGGAAUUUGAAUCAUGAUUUCAUUUUGUAUAUUUCCAUUGCACUGGUUUAUCCUACUCAACUGUUUUGACACUACGGUGCCCCUAGUGAUCCAAUUGUGAGAAUAUUUAGUUGCUCGUGACACUAGAGAGAUUGGAUUAUCUUUUACUUGAUUUUUCUGAUUACGUGGAUUCAUCAUUGGAAACAAUAUUCGGUAUAUCUCUCCCACGUGGUUACAGAUAUUGUGUAUUGAUACAUUUGUUUAAAUUUCGGGGUUAACGUUAUUUAAAUGUGACGUGUUAUCAUCUCAAAAUAGUGGAACUCUGUGGAACAAGGACAUUUGCUCUGAGUUUUGACUUGACCAGAAUCAAUAGCCCCACACGGAUAUCAAACUCCUGGUAGCCUUCAUUAACCCAGUGGUUAAAACAUGAAGUAACAAAUAUUCCUCUUGAAAAAUAAGUAAAACUGCAAGUCCGUAUAAUCAAAUCGGAUCGCAUACUACUCAGUUUCUUCAACUACAUUCAUGGAAUAGGCUAAUUAAUGGAACACUGAACAAGAUAUUCGUAUAUAUUAGAUGGGCCUAGCGAUCAGAUGUAUUCUUGUCUUGUUUUGAUGUGCAAUGUUGACGGAUCAACGCGGAUAUUUCCGUAUUUCCUGAUGAGCUUACUUACCUUAUCAAAAGACUCGUGGUGUAGCAACGGUGCAUUGUCUAGUAUAUAACUACAUCACAUUUUGAAGUCGUCCUUUUCCAAGAUAGUUCCGACUGAAACCCUUACAAAGAACUGAAAAGACCCAAUAAUGGAGAAGCUUCUAACUCUGGUGAUUUCUGUCACCGUGGUUUUAAUUUCAUGCCUGCUAGUCGUUGGAGAAAGCGACGUGAGGAACUAUGGUGGUAAGUUCUUCGCGUUCAGUUUUUUGGCAGACGAUAAACCUGCUCGGAGUAAGGAAACACCAUGUAUGAUCGAUCUCAUCGCGGCCGAUAACAAGAACUCGACCAUCCAUGUGACCAUCCCCGGAAGGAAUUUUGACCUGUCUUUAGUCCUUCCGCCAGGUCAGGUACAACGGGUGAACCUCAGCCUUGGAAACUACUAUCUCUUUGGCAACGAGAAUGCCACUGUGAUCGUCAACUCCACGGGAAGGGUCGGGGUAGUAGCACUUAUGGAACUGUUGCGUCCAUCUGCCGCCUUCAAUGUUUUACCAGCAGAAUAUACUGGGACACACCAUGUCAUAGCUAACAAUUUUAACACAAGAGACACUCAGUUUACCAUAACCUCUCUAGCUGAUAACAACACAGUCCGUGUAUACACGGCACGGGAUAUGAAAUUUACAUGUGAUCACGUUGGUGGUGCCCCUGAUAAUGCUUCGGUUGUGUUGUGGAAGUACGAUACCAUGUUCUGCAGAGGCGAAGGUGUUGAUCUGACAGGAACCUUUGUGACUUCCAAGUACAAUGUUUCAGUCGUUGCCGGUGGGAGGGUCCAGUUUUUCGGGGAUCGUGAGAGGAAGGGGUAUGUCAUGGAGCAAAUGCUACCCCAAAGAGCCUGGGGGAAACACUUUGCCGUUGCACCAUUCGCAAACAUCAACGAGUCGAACUACUUACUCAAGUUUUUAGUUCCAGAAGGUGUAGUAGCAAAUGUUACAAUUAAAGGUUUAAAUUGGACAUCCGACUUCAUCGUUGAAGGACACCCCAACGUAUGGUUUAAUGACUCGAGAGCAUUUGAUCAAGUCGUUGAGAUAAUUGCAAACGAGUCUGUUUCAGUCAUGCAAUAUAUGACGGGAACUUCCGAGCGUGCUGCAAGUUUCCGGAGCGAUCCAAGUAUGUUUAACGUUCCCCCAGUGUCACAAGCUAAACAUAAUCUUCUCGUCGAUGUUUUCCCAUGUGAAAACGAAAAUAUCAUAAACAUCAUCACUAAAUGCACGCAUGUAGCUGGACUGCAGGUGAACGGUACAGAUCUCAAAGUGGAUGAUGGACGUGUAAUAUCUAUUUUGAACGGAACAACGUAUUGCGCCCUCUCAUACGAGCUUGAAGCGGGUCUUCACUGUGUGUCACACAAGAACCCUGAGGCAUCUUUCCAAAUUAUAUUAUAUUCCUGGAAAAUAAAAUCCCAGGGCCAGAAUGCGUACGCCAUGGAGGCUGCUUUGGACGUACCAUCAGAUUACCCAACGUGUAUAGCAGUCACCGAUGAAAACCCAGCAAGCCAGCUCCGAUCCAGUAUUGCUGAUUUGCAAGAGGAAGAUUACUGUGGAAAUGAUACCUCUUUUAACCAGCCUGCAAGUAUUGCCAUGGAAAUAGAACAACUAGCCAUGGACAUGACAGCCACAAUGCUUAAAGAAGGGACACCAGACAUCUUCCAGGAUCUGGGAGUUGCAGUGAUAGAAAUCAGGAGAAUCAACUUGUCCGCUUCAAAUCCGGCUACCAUUGUUUCGGUACCAAGCAAUGACAACUCGACCCAGCCUAAGACAAGAGGUGUGAUCAGUAUGGACAUACUACGGAAACUAGAAAUCCAGGCUUUGAUAUCAAUCGUCUUUCGGAAUCUUGGAGAAAGAAUCGACAAUUGUUCGACUUCAAAUGAUUCAGAGGAUUCGGACCCAUCUGGCACCCGAGAGAUGGUGGGCAGUGAAGUGCUAAGCCUCAGUCUUUACCCACCUGUACCUUCCGAGCAAAAGCUGUCCUCAUCUGUUAGAAUGGUGUUUCCUAUGCAAGGCAGUAUGCCACCACGCUUCGCACACGGUCUUGCCCUCUGUUCGUUCUGGAAUCAUACCCUACGCGGUUGGUCUCAAGAAGGGUGCGUGACAGAAUUUGUCAACUCGUCCUUGGUCGAAUGCGCCUGUGAUCAUCUAACAAACUUCGCAGUCCUCAUGCAAAUAAAUGAAUAUCAGCAGCUUUCCCAAGCCAAUGAGCUCGCAGUUAACUUGAUAACGUCAGUUGGCUGUGGACUGUCGAUAGCGGGCGCCUUCUUCACCAUCUUCACAUUCAUUGUUCUCCGUCUCAAAUCAGACCGUGUGAUGAUUCAUAUCAACCUAGCGAUUGCAGUUGGAAUGGGGCAGAUCAUGUUCCUCUUUCUCGACACGCCCACCAUAAAUCAGGUGCAAUGCACAAUCAAGGCAUCGUUCCUCUACUAUUUCUACAUGUCGGCUUUUUGUUGGAUGUUGAUAGAGGGCGUCAAUCUUUUUCUGCAAGCCGUCGUCGUCUUCAGUAAACCAGGAAGUCGGAUUAAGAUAUAUAUUGUGAUUGGCUGGCUUUGUCCCAUCAUCCCUUUGGGUGCAACGCUCGGAUUUUACAAAGGAGUUCUGGGGGAUGACGUAACUGAUAUCUCAAAUGCUCAUCCUGUAUGUUUUGUGAGGAGGGACGAUGACUCCAUCUGGUUCUUCGUGGUUCCAAUCCUGACCAUCAUUGCUCUCAAUGUCUACUUCGUAUCCAGGGUCAUCUUCGAGAUCAUCAAGCUUGCUGGUGGGCCUCACGUGGUCAAAAACCGUACGACACGAGCAAAACAUGGUGUCAAAGCUUGUGUGAUCCUGUUGCCGGUGAUGGGUUUGACUUGGAUAUUCGGUGUAAUGUGGUAUGACCAAUCAACGAUGGUGUUUAUGUAUCUCUUCGUCAUCUUCAACUCACUUCAAGGCUUCUUUAUCUUCAUUUUCCACUGUCUCUUAAAUUCAGAGGUACGCCGCACUUUCCAGCGAAAGAAGGUGGAAUGGAGGAACUCUUUUUCAAGACGCAGCUCGUUCAAUCUCAACGUGUUCCGAAGCGAUGACUCUAAGAAGAAGCAACAUACUGUUGACAGCAACAAGCUUUCCGCCAUUGCCACGCCCAAUGGUUCCCAUGCCAACCAGAAUAAAGACUGAAGACAGUGUCAUUCAGCUCGCAUCCCGCUUGUGUCUAUAUGUUCUUGAAUCUAUUUUGAUCUUGUAUUCGCUCUGUAUAUGCUGUGAGUUUAUAUAUAUCAUAAUUUGGGGUACUUUUGUGGUUGAAAUAUUGUCCAAUCUAAAAUGUUGAUGUUUUACCUUAGUCAUGUUUGUGUGUGUGAAUGGGUGUGUCUGCGUGUUUUGGUUAUUAAUCAUGAGGGAUUUUUAAAUGGUCUACAAACAAAAAUCCAUAUCCAUUCAACACUGUUUAAAUAUUGCCUUCAGAGGUUCAGAUGGCAACCUAAAUUCGCAAAAAACAGAAAUAUAUACCCAAAUGUUGUAGUGUAUUCCCGAUAUCUAUCCAUGCUGGAUCAAUAUGAUAAUUCACCAAAUAUAUCAAUUAGUAGGCGGUUUCCCGACAGAAUUCGUAUCAUCACGUAUUAGUCAAAGAAUAUUAUUUCACAAGAUUAGUAAUAAGAGCUUCCAUCUCAUUUUUUUUUUAGAUGGGGGCGUUUACAAAACCUUAACCUCAACAAAACUUAAUUUAGUGUGCGUGUGUGUGUGUGUGUGUGUUUG